AACAGGCAGUGAUUAAUAUUAAUUAAUAUUAGAGAGAUUUUAUCCCAUUACUUCAUAUACGAUAUUACUGAUGUUGGUUAGAGAUAAUUGAAUAAGUUAUCACUCCUCUGAUUGGAUUUAAUGCUGUAUAACUCAUAAAGUGCUCACUAAGAAAACACAAAUCGUCCAUUAAACGAAGAAAUGGCUUAAUCUGAAAGCAUUAUUUAAAAAAGUUAAUACCUGCCUUCAAACAUGACAGAAUCAAUGAAAUUUGGCCCAGAAUGGUUACGUGCACUAUCUUCGCAGCAGCCUGCCAGAUACCAGCUAGCAGAAUUCCGUUACGGAAGGGAAGAAAUGCUUGCACUAUUUUCUGCCAAUUUACCUCCACCAGAGUCAUUAAAAAAUCUUCACGGGCUUUAUGUCGAGAAAGCACAGCCCCCGCUCGCCCUUAAUACGAUGUCAGAUGAAGAAACAGUAAGCUCAUUUUCAACAAGAAUGUGGAACAGAGGAAUCAACUCCGACGCAGUCCUCCGAUCAGUUGGUAAAGGUGAAAGAGGUGGAGGACUGCGAGGGAGUGGCGGAGGAGGAGCUGGCGGACGGGGCGGGCGGGGGAGAGGUGCCUUUUACAGGGGCGGCACCGAGCGCUACGAGGAGGGUGGUGAUGCUCCUUUUGCCAGGCAGCGUCCCUUCGAUAGAUCUCAGAGUGAAAGAGGAAGAGACAGCUGGUCAGAAAGGAACGGAGGAGAAGGUCGAGGAGGUGGAAGGGAGAGGGAACCUAACUGGAGGAGAGGCCAGAGGAGCGGCGGGGGCGGUGAUGAAGAUGACUGGCGGCCUUAUUCUUCUUCCAACAAGUGGAACGUCUCAGGAGGUCGAAGUAAUAAUUGGAGGGAAGAAGAUAGUUAUGAUAUGAAUCAAUCCCAUUCCGGCAAAAAUUCAAACCAUCACCUGCCAGAAUGGGCUACAGAAAAGAAUAGUGAAGGUGGAGGGACAUUCGAUUCCUCGGGGGCUUUCCAUGGUCCUUCGGAACACAGUGAAGAAGAAGAACCUAAGAAAAAUGAAAACAGAAUCAGUGGAAAGGAGAAAGAUAGAGAGCGAGACAAAGAGAAAGGAUCUUCAAACAAAAAUGAAAUUUUGUUGAUGAGGGAGAGGAACGAAAAGAAAGUGGAAGCCAAGGAAAGCCCCAAGGAAUCAAAAUCCCCUGAUAAAGAAGAAAACGGGAUUCAAAAACCCGAAACGACACCACCCAGAGUCGAGUCUCCUAAAAGGGCGCCACUUAUUUCUCAACAGCAUCCACAAACUACCAACAGUCUACCAUCUCCUCAACAAUCGCAAUCUACCCCUCCACUUCACUCUAUACAGCAACAUCAACAAUCAAAUCGAGCUGUGAAAACUCCUUCGCCUCCCCUUCAAACCGCAGUUCCUACGCCUUCUCCUGCGGAAAGGAAGUCGCCUCCUCAACAGCCUGUACAAAUAAUACAGCAGCCUCCGCAACCUCAACCUGUUGUUCAUGAGCACAAGUCUCCGCCUCACCAUAUCCACCAACCACCACCGCCUAUUCACCAGCCGUCGUUGGAGCAUCAAGAGGAUGUCCUUAGCAAUAUGACUGAUGACUUAGCCGCAGAUCUUGUGGCGAAGUUAAUGGAGGAUGAGGAAAAGCAGGAUAAACAAUGGUUUUACCGAGACCCGCAAGGAGAGGUUCAAGGACCCUUUACCUGUACCGAGAUGGCUGAGUGGUUUCAGAGCGGUUAUUUUACGUUGAACCUGUUAGUGAGAAGAGCCUGUGAUCCGAAUUACGCACCGUUAGGAGAACUAAUAAAGCUCUGGGGCUGUAUUCCAUUCCUGCCUGAAUUUCACCCUCUUAUCCACUACGUAUCAGGAUUUGUUUUUGAUGAAGCUCUUUGACAAAUCAGAAUUUCUGUUGCAUAUUUUGAUUUUAUGUGCUUAUGGACUUCCAGUAAUUGUAUUGAAAUUUUUAAUAAAGAAGCUGCUACGAUGGUGAACAACCAAAUACAAGAAAAUUAUCUGAUGCAACAAUACCAACAGCAAAUGAGAAAUAUGUUAUACAGGCAACAACAACAACAGCAACAGCAGCCGCCACCGCCGCAGCCACGAAGUCAGCCCCCCCAGAUUGGCCCUAAACUUCAUGAUUGGUUGGACACUCGUCAGGGUAGCUUGAUGGAGCCUAUCCUGCCGCCUCAAUAUCCACCGCAGGUGGGAGUGAACGCCCUACACCAGCACAGUACCACCAAUAAUAACCUCAGAGCACUCCUCGCACAGCUCCAGCAACAGCGUCCGGCUCAGGCAAAAGCGGAACCAGCGCCUUCGCCAGUGAUGGAGACACUGAUCUCCCUCGCUCACCAGCAGCAGGUGUCCUCAGGGCAGACCCCGAUCCAAGCCCUGCUCAGGCAAAUGCAACAACAGAGCUCCAAGCAGCAACAACAACAACAACAGCAGCAACAGCAACAGCACCACCACCAGCAGCAGCAACAGCAUCACUCCUCGGCCUCCUCCGGGAUUGAUUCUGUCUGGAACGGAGGUGGCAAUUGGAGUCAAUGGGGUCAUGUGAAUACAAAAGGGAUUAAGACUGAACAACAAGUGCUCGAAGAGCAAAUGAGAGCAGAGUAUUUAAGAAAGAGAGAAGAACUAUUAAAAGCAGCCGAGGAGGAUGAAGCAAAGGGGAAAGAAGAAGAGGAAAAGGCUAAGAAAGAAAGGGAAAAACAGCAACAGGAAGCGGCUAAGAGGGAAGAGGAAAGCCUUGCGAGAAGAAGAGCCGAAGAAGAAGAAAUAAGGAAAAAACAAGAGGCUUCGCGAAGAGCAGAAGUAGAAAGGCAGAAAAAGGGGGAAGAGAAAAGGAGAAAGGAAGAAGAGAAGAGGAAGAAAGAAGAAGAAAAGCGUAGGAAAGAAGAAGAGAAUAAAGAGAGGGAAAGACUGAGAGAGGAAGAGAGGAAAAAGAAAGAGGCCGAGGAAGCAGCUAAAAAAAGGAGUCAGCAGCAGGCUGCAGCUGACGUGAUGGCGAAGGUUCAGCGGUCCCAAUGGUGCCCCCCAACGGCUUCCAGUACCAGUAUUCUAGAUAUCCAAAGGAGCGAGCGGGAACAGCAACAGCUGUUGCGUGGCCUUCAGCAACAAGCUCAGCAGCACCUGGAGCAGCAGCAACAACAGCAACAGCAAAGCAUGGGCGCCAAAGGAGGCCUCCAGCUAAAGUGGACUGAGCAGGCUAGGCCUCAAACCCAAGUGGAAUCUUUAGCUGAUAUCCAGGCCGAGCAGCAGCGCCAGUUUUUCAAGCAAUUGGAGAAGGAUAAGGAGCGCGAGAAGGAGAAGGCAGCAGCUUCCGUUGUGAAUAGCUCAAGCUCGGGCCUUGGCUCCUGGAGCCACGGUCUGAGCUGGGGAGGUUCUGCGUGGCAGGCGUCAGGAUUAAAUCCGGUGAGCAGCCUCUCUUCUUCUCAAAAGGGUUUCUGGGAGUAUGAUAAGGUGAGCAGCGGCGGAGGAUCCGGCCGACUGAGCGGUGUGAUCCAAUCACAACCCGAGCCGCCCAAGUCUGUACAGAACAAGGCUAAGAGGGAGGAGCAAGCCGUCAUGAAGUUGUUCUCCCAACCCCCUCAAUCCGAGGAAGACGAGUUCUCUCAAUGGUGCUCUCGCCAACUUAAUGCCCUUCACGCCAAUGUUGAUAUACCUACUUUCGUCUCCUUCUUGCGUGAGAUAGACUCUCCUUCUGAUAUCGGUGAAUACAUACGUAUGUAUCUUGGAGACUCUAAGGAGGCAUCCGAUUUCGCUCGUCAGUUCGUAGAGAAACGAGGAAUGUCAGGAGGCGGCGGGCGCUUGAACUCCAACUCUGGACUCGAUGGCUCCCAUGAUGACAGGGACUUCCAGCAGGUCAAGGGUAAAAGUAAGAAGACGAAGAAGGGACGGAUGCAGAAGGUGGACACCCGAAUGCUAGGCUUCAGCACAGCAGCCGCCCCGGAUAGGAUCAAUAUCGGCGAUCGCGAGUACCCUGAAUAGCCCCUCCACGUCGCCUCAUUCCUCUGUCUCUGUUGUUUUUAAACUUUCUCCUCUCUUGCUCGGUCGCUCUCAUGCAAAUUGUAAAUAACAUUUCAGAUUUGUAUAAGUUAUUAUAUAUAAAUAUUAUAUAUAAAUAUAAAUAUAUAUAUACAUGAAUAUAUAUUUAUGUAGUGGUACUCCUGAUUUCAGUGGGUAUCCUAUGUUACAAAAUAAAAAGAUUGAUAUAUUGAUAGAUUUAUUAUUUUAUCCCCUCUCCUUUUUCCUGAAUCGUUGUUAUUUAUGCUCCGACAUGACUUACUGAUUUCAUGUUUUAUAUUGUUUCAAUAAUGAUGAGUUCUUAAUAAACUUAAAAGAGGAGAAUAUUGACCUGUUCAGAAACAUUUUUUUUUUAGAAAAAAAAAUUAUUAAAUUUCCUUUAACAAAUCAUGUGAUGACGUUUCAGGCUCCUUUGCCCAUUUUCAAGUCAAAAGAUAUGUCUGUGAAUAUAUAAAAAUCUAUUAAUACAUACACAAACAUUAAUUAACACAGCAAAACUAAUAUUUGUACUAAACUAAUAUUUUUUAAAAUCACCAAUAUCUUAUUUUUUCUUAAUCUACAUAUUGCUCCAGCUGAAUGAACCUGUUCCAGUCUAUUCGUCUCCUAUCAAAUCCUCUCUGACUAAAUUUUCUUAAGUGUUUCUAAGCCUUCAUCUUUGCCUUCAUUCUUCCCCUCUCACUUCACACAUGAUUUUCGACAUUCUUUCCUCUUGAAUUUUUUUUAACAUGACCAUACCAGCGUAGCAUAUUUUCU